UGUUUCCCUUUUAGAGUAGGUGCCUGGCCUUGGGCACUGAGGCCAUGAGGCCAAAGACUUUCCCGGCUGCCCCGUACGUGGGCAACACGCGCCAGAGGCUUCAGGAGAUCAAGGAGGGCCUGAAGCAGCCGGCCAAGCUGGUGAGCCAGGCUCUGCACGGAGGCAGCUCCCGCACCGACGGCGGCAGAGGGGCCGACUGCAAGAGCGGGAAGGACACGGCCAGCCGACAGCAGCAGCUCCGACCCCCGCAGAAGUUCAACAACUACCAGAAUGCCCUGCGGGAAAUCCGCAAGUCACUCAUGCCCUUUGCCAACGAGUCGGGUCCAUCGUCCGGGUCGGGACACCCUGCCGGCGCCGGGGAGGUGAACCGGCAGAUGCUGCAGGAGCUGGUCAACGCCGGCUGUGACCAGGAGAUGGCGGUGCGGGCGCUGAAGCAGACAGGAAGCAGGAACAUCGAAGCGGCCUUAGAGUACAUCAGCAAAAUGGGUUACCUUGACCCCCGCAAUGAACUCAUUGUCCGUGUCAUCAAGCAGACUUCACCAGGAAAAGCUGGCAUGCCAAAUGGAAUGGACCACCGGCCUGCGUUGGAGGCUUCAGGUGAGGCAGGUGCCAUGCCUCCAUACCAUCAGAUGGGAGCUCCGAUGUAUGAGGGGGCGGGAUACGGCCCUGAGGGUGAGAUGCCCAGGCCCUACAUGAGUGCUCCCCCUGUUAUGAACUACAUGAUGCCCCCAUCUGGUGCAGCACAAGGCCCUGCCAUGGGAAACCCAAUGGGUCGACCUCCCAGUAUGGGCACCUAUCCACCAGUGAUGGCCACCCAGAGCAACCCAGCCAACACCAUGUACCCUCCAGGGGCCCAGCAGAAAGGCUACCCCGGGAGCAUGGAGCAGCACGGGCCCAUUAUGAGCUACAACGUCCCCGGCCAGCCUCUGCAACUCCAGCCACAGCCACCAGGGGGCCCUGUCCCAGGUCCCCACUAUGACUACGGUCAUGCCAGGCCGCACAUGAUGGAGCCUGCAGGCUAUGGUGUUAAGAGGACCCCCUCCUUCCAGAACAAGAUGGCACCGCCCCCCAUGGCGCCGCCAGACAACUACGUCAACAUGCAGGGGAAAGGGGCCAUGGGUCAGAACGGGCCAGGAGGAGGCGGGGGAGGGUAUCCUGCCAACCUGUACCUGCCCCCUCACUCCCACCCUCGACAGGCCAGCCCCACGUCCCACCAGGUCCACAUGAUGUCCCGUUCCCCAGGUGGGGUGGCAGCCAUGGGCCCCGACUUCUCAGAUCUGCCACAGGGCUUGAUGACACCAUCCAGGGCCAGCCUCAACCUGGACCUGUAUGAGCACCACUGGGCGGGGCCUCCAGGCCCUGAAGGGGCCCCUCCAGCCAGGCAGCCCCAGCCCCAGGGCCCAUUCAGGGGGGAGGUGCGUGUCCCAAGCAGAACCAACUCCUUCAACAGUCGAUCCGCGGGGCCCAACGGUGUCCGGCCUGCGAUGGCUGCACCUCCUACAGCUGGAAAACAGGACCCCUCAUUGGGCCCACCCAACACCAUCACAGCUGUCACAUCCCCGCCCAUUCAACAGCCGGUCAAGAGUAUCCGUGUGAUGAGGCCAGAGCCCAAGACAGCUGUGGGACCGUGUCACCCCGGCUGGAUGACUGCUCAGGCCCAGGAUGCAGCAGAGCCUCUGGCCUACAUGCCAGAGGAGACUUACCCCCUUGAGCCUGCUCAGGAGCCACGCUGCCCGCCACCACCUUACCCCAAAAAUCUGCUCAUGUCCGGGGCAGCUGGCGAACCAGGGGCCCUGGAAGGACCCGGAGCCAUGUGUGGAGCUCAGGACCUCAGCAACCCUACUGCCAGAAGCACACACAACGGCAGUGGAGGGAGUGGAAAGGGAGAGGAGAGCCAGCAGGUGAAGGAGAAGACGAAGAUGGGGAAGGGAGAGAAAACGGUGAAAGACAAGAAGCAGAUCCAGACGUCACCCGUUCCGGUGAGGAAGAACGGACGCGACGAGGAAAAGAGGGAGUCGCGCAUCAAGACCUACUCACCUUUCGCCUUCAAGUUCUACAUGGAGCAGCACAUAGAGAAUGUGAUGAAGACCUACCAGCAGAAACUCAACCGCAGGCUUCAGCUGGAACAAGAGAUGUCCAAGGCCGGUCUGUCGGAAGCGGAGCAGGAACAGAUGAGGAAGAUGCUGAACCAGAAAGAGUCCAACUACAACAGGCUACGCCGCGCUAAAAUGGACAAGUCUAUGUUUGUCAAAAUCAAGACUUUGGGCAUAGGUGCCUUUGGCGAAGUGUGUCUCACGCGUAAAGUGGACACCUGCGCACUGUAUGCCAUGAAAACACUUCGCAAGAAAGAUGUCCUCAACCGCAACCAGGUGGCCCACGUGAAAGCGGAGCGUGACAUCCUGGCGGAGGCGGACAACGAGUGGGUGGUGCGCCUCUACUACUCCUUUCAGGACCGCGACAGCCUCUACUUCGUCAUGGACUACAUCCCCGGAGGAGACAUGAUGAGCCUGCUCAUCCGAAUGGGCGUCUUCCCCGAGCCCCUGGCGCGCUUCUACGUGGCGGAGUUGACGCUGGCCAUCGAGAGCGUCCACAAGAUGGGCUUCAUCCACCGCGACAUCAAGCCGGACAACAUCCUCAUCGACCUGGACGGACACAUCAAGCUGACAGACUUUGGUCUGUGCACGGGCUUCCGCUGGACGCACAACUCCAAGUACUACCAGAAAGGAAGUCACGUCAGACAGGACAGCAUGGAGCCCAGUGACUUCUGGGACGACGUGUCCAACUGUCGCUGUGGCGAUCGGCUGAUGACACUGGAGCAGCGCGCCAACCGGCAGCACCAGCGCUGCCUGGCUCACUCCUUGGUGGGAACACCGAACUACAUUGCACCUGAGGUUCUGCUGCGCAAAGGUUACACCCAGCUGUGUGACUGGUGGAGCGUGGGAGUAAUCCUGUUUGAGAUGCUGGUGGGACAGCCGCCCUUCCUGGCUCCCACACCCACCGAGACUCAGAUUAAGGUCAUUAACUGGGAGAGCACACUGCAGGUGCCCGCCCAGGUCAAACUGAGCCCCGAGUCUGUCGAUAUCAUCGGUCGCCUCUGCUGCUCCGCAGAGGAUCGGCUGGGCGCCAACGGUGCCGGCGAGAUCAAGGCCCACCCCUUCUUCACCCAGACGGACUUCUCCAGCAAUCUACGGCAGCAACCGGCGCCCUACCGGCCCAAGAUCGCCCACCCAAUGGACACGUCCAACUUUGACCCCGUGGAGGAGGAGGGCGGUCCCGGGGCGUGGAGUGACAGCGGGGACAGCACCCGUGCUUUGGACACGCUCUGUUCCCCGCAUGGGAAGCACCCGGAGCACGCCUUCUACGAGUUCACCUUCCGCAGGUUCUUCGACGACAACGGCUGCCCCUUCCGCUACCCUAAACCGCUCGAGGCCAGCGAGGCGCCGCUAAGCAUCACCGGAGCCGGCGGCAUGGGCCCGGAGGAGGAGGAGGAACAAGAAGAGGAGGAGGAGGAGGAAGAGGAUGAUGAAGAGGAGGGAGAGCAGGGUGAGCCGGUGUACGUCUAGAGCUGCAGACUGAUACUCCUUCCUGAGCAGCGUGCGUCUCGACCCCUCCCACCUACCACGGCUCUUCUUCUCUGUAUGUGUCUGUGUGUGUUAAUGCAUAUCUGGCAUGUGUGAUUGUUAAAGCUGC